AUGGCCAGAGUGAAGAACACAAGAUUCACAAAACGCAUAGUUUAUGGAAAUAUCGCCUCACCAUUAUCGCAGAAAAAAUGCGCCAAAACAAAAGAUAGCACACAUAAAUGGACGGUAUUUGUUCGAGGAGUCAACGGGGAAGACAUAAGUCACUUUAUCAAGAAGGUGGAAUUCGGAUUACAUGAGACUUUUUCAACUCCCAAAAGAGUCGUUGAAGGGCCGCCUUUUGAAAUAUCCGAAACCGGGUGGGGUGAAUUCGAACUCAGUAUAAUUCUUUAUUUUGUGCCAGAGAGUGGCGAGAAACCUAUCACGCUAUAUCAUGAUUUGCGCUUACAUCCUCAUGCGGAUGAUGGAUUAAUGUUUAGUUCUAACGUUAGUAAAACUGUCUCGAGUUUUCAAUAUGAAGAGCUUAUAUUUAUUGAUCCAUUCAAAGAGAUGUACCAAAUACUCGCGGAUAAUGAUAGGACUUCGAUUCUUCCCGCUCGGAGCACUGCAAGUCAACCUUUUAGUGUUCAAGCCGAGCAAGAAGAAAUUAAAGCAAUCGAGGAAGCUUAUCGUCAAGUACAAGAAUAUUUGACAAAUUAUAAGCAACGAAUGGAUAAUGCCACAAAAGAAAUGGAACAGAUCAAGGCAGAAUUGGAGAGUCUUAUGCAUACGUGA